AUGGCACGGUCGGGAAGUGAUCGGAUAUUUCCUGUGCAAUUCCGGCCGGAAUCCGGUGGCAAGGAACCUGCUAGAAUCGGCGAAAACUGUGCGGGAAUCGACUCAGAUUUCAAUGGAUUCAGUCGCCGGAAUGAUCGACAUGGGAAAUCAAGAUUAUUCAACCACCAAUUAAAUCAACAAAUAUCAUUCUAUUAUUCAAUCGGUCUUCAUCGAUUCUUCGCUGACCUAGUUUUAUUUGGACUAUAUAGAAAUCCAUAA